CUUAAAAUGAGUAAAAUACUCUCAAGUGUUAUAAUAAAUUAACAGUUGGUUAAAAAAUAAAUGUGUAUCAAGUGCAAACGCAGACGGUCAAAAUAAUUUCCACAGACUGUACAGCUGAAGUUGUAUUGACUGCUGGAAAAGGUUUUUUUUUUUCUGCCUAAAUAAAUUAAACAAAAUAUCUUCUGUCUUGUUAAAUGCAAUGCAGUUUAUUUAUUUACAUUAGUGGUUAUUGACAGUUCAAUUUGAAAAUAAUUAAAUGUGUAACAAGUGGACUUUAAAGUUUGGUUGAGGUAAUAAUAUAAAAGUGCCUCGGAACAAUUUUUUAUGGUAAUGCAAAAAAUGUUAAUGAUCAACAUGAAAUUACUACAAUCUAAUGGUGUCUUUGUACGAAUGUCCGUAAAUUAUGAUUAUUAAAUAACAAUUAUUAAUUAUUGGUUAAAAAUUAAUAUCGCAUCGAUAAAAAUUAAUAAAUUAAAUCAAACAAUCAAGCUCAACAAUUGAUUUUGUUUGUGUAUAACCUGUAAUAAAUAUAUUUAAAUGACAGUUUGGCAGCCAUGUUGUUCAGCGUCACGUGAUUUUUUAAGGAUUUUAGCGCGAAAAUUUGGAACUAAAUUUAUCACAGGCUGACAUAUUUAUUUUAUUUAAAAUUUUAAUUUUUGCAACAAUGGGUAAAACAAGAGGAGUACAUGAAACAACUCCAGAGCUGAGAAAUCGUAUGGUUGGAAUGUAUGAAGCUGGUUUAGGAUUACGUGAAAUUGCUGCUGCUGUUAAUUGUUCUCAAAGAACAGUAAAGAGAUGGUUGAAUCGUUUUGAUAAGGAAGGAACAGUAGAAACUAGAGAAAGAUGCGGUAGAAAAAGAGCGACAACUACUGAACAAGAUGCAGCUAUCGUAAGACUAGCAACACAAACACCAAUCACAGCAGCUAAAGCAGUUCUUCCAGCUUUGGGGCUCACUUGCUCGGUGGAUACGAUCAGAGAGAGACUUCAUAAAGCUGGAAUUCAUAAUUGGAGUCCAUCCAGAAAACAUAUUCAAAAAAUUCCUCUUGGAGACGUGGAUGGAGCUGCUAUUCAGCAGGCAGUGUGGCGUCCUACAGGUACUUCAUUGGGUAAAAAGAAGAGUCAGAAACCCGACGACAGCGCUAAAAAAUCUGGAGCUGUUGUUAAGAGGAAAGUUUUAAAAAAAAGAGCCAAACCUGCAAGUAAUAAUACCGACACUGAAGAAUCUGCGGCAUCAAAACAGCCGCAAACUGAAGAACCGCAGCAGUUACAGCAACAAGAUCAGUUGAAUUCAUCUUUUAACUUCCAGCCGGACAAUUUUAAUCAAGUACAACCUCGGAGCGAUGAAAGUCCUCAAAUGCAAGCCCCCUCGCUCAUGAAUAGUCAAUCGGAGUUCAACAACGCUCUCAGUCUAGUAGUCUCACCUCAAUCAAUGUAUCAGCAUCACUCCGGCGUGGACGUAACGCAAAACUGGCCUCUGGAUUUAGGGCAAAAUGCACACCAUUAUCCUCAAAGUCAGCCUGAAAGUGUCGCUCUUCACCAGCCGUCUUCUCAGCAACACCUUCAGGAGCUUCACACACCCCAAGAACAAGAGCAGCACGCACACGAGCAACAUAUGCAAGAACAUAACCAGUCUAUUCAACAACUUCACCAUCAUCAACCUCAGCACCAUCUUCACCAUCAUCCCUUCGAUGAGCCACAUCAUCAGUUAGACCAAAUUCAGUCUCAGCUAUCUCUGGAACCUAUCAGAGAGCCUAGCAAAGUGGUGCGCUCGAAUAGCUGCUCGAAUUCAAGCAUCGAUAAUAGUUCUGACGGCGAUGGCGAGCUGAAUAAUAAAGAUGAUUACGACCGCAGUCGCUCGAGGAAAAAAAAAGGUGGCAAAGCCAAAGGGACGCUUGAAACUUCCGUUGAAAUUCGAAACAGAAUGAUUGGAAUGUCCGAGGCUGGGCUGUCUACGCUAUCAAUCGCUCUGGCCAUAAACAGAUCUGAAAGGACCGUCAAAAGGUGGCUGGAACGUUGGAACAAAGAAGGCAAUGUUCAGACAAAGGAGAGAAAAGGACGCAGAAGGAUUACAACCAAAGAGCAAGAUGAGGCAAUUGUUGCAAUGGCUACACAGAAUCCACUGACUGCAGCUAAACACGUCGCUCCGGCUCUCGGUUUGAAUUGCAGCGUUGAUACUGUACGGGAGAGGUUACACAAAGCUGGAAUUCACAGUUGGAAGCUGGGUAAAAAGCAGGGUGAAGGUAAUGUUGUGCAUACUGUUCAUCUUUGGCAGCCCAGCGGCAACCGACCUAACAAACCAAAAAUAACGAAUAACGAUAGCAAUGAGAGGAAAAAGAAAGGAUUGGUUAAAAAAGUUAAUGGUGGGUCUAGUAAUGUUAAACGGACGUCGAAUAAUAAUAAUAGUAAAAAGAAGAAGAAGAAGAAGACUGAUGUAGCACCAAAAAAUUUAACAACAACUACCGGUAGCGUUGUUCAAGAGCAAAAUCAAAUUCAGCAGUACCGUGACAAUGGUGGUAUGACUUAUUCCUCGGCGCAAAGUAUCAUGCAGCCGGUUCAUGUUUCUCAAGCUCAAUCGUUAGUACCUCAACAACCACCAAUUCCUGCGCCACUUGUUUCUAUUCCUCCUCCACCUCCUCCUCCUCCUAUCGCUUCUGUGCUUCCACCGGAAACAUCUGUUCCUCAUUCGAUGCAACCACUGGGUCCUAUUAUGCAACGACCUGAUUGCCGCAUGAUUUCGUCAAUUCCUAAUACACAAAAUUCCGGCAUGAUUGGCUACUCUUCCUGUAUGAUUGGUAAUAACAAUCACAUGGAUCAUCAGCCUGAUCCACUUAAUUAUGAGCCGUUUAUUUGGACAUUUUAAUAUUGUUAUUUUUUUAUUAAUUUUAUUUAUAAUGAUCUCAAAUUUUUUUUUUGUUCCUAGAAUAGUUGUAAUUUGUAUGUUUAUUUUUUCUAUGAUUAGGUGUAUAGAUAUUUUUACAGUUGAUAAAAAUGCUUUAUUUUAAAUAAUUUUUUGUUGACUAUUGUUAAUUUUUCAC